UCAAUUCUAAACAAGUGGCAAAUCCUAGUCUGUUACAGAGGCAACACUGCUGACUAAGACCUAGCGGUGGUGAAAGCAACACUGCACAUAUGUAUUUUUACUUCAGAUGAGGAUUUAUGAGCUGCUAAGCAGUUCCAGCUGAUCGCCAGACCAAUUUAUUUGCAACAUCAGUGAGGAUGUCUCAGUUUUUUACCUCACGCUAUCUGUUGCUGAUUGCCGCUUUGUGGAGCCUCAACAACCUGGGUUUGCAGGCUGCAUGGCAGGGCUUCGGUGACGGUAAGCCAAAGGAGCUGUUGGACCCAAAUGUACGAGACUGGGGAGACUACUCAGACCUUCCACCAGGAAUUGAACAUGGAUUAGGGCUGGAAGAAAGCAGAGAAGAUGGAUAUAACAGAAAAGUUGGAGAGUCAUCAUCAAGCUUGGCUCCAGAGAUGGAUUUCCUGGCUGACUUUGCAGGUAAAAAGCGUCUGUGGGUGAUAACAGCUCCAUCCCACAGUGACCAAUAUCUUCGUAUGAUGGAGAAACAGCUAGAAGAAAUGGAGCAGAAAGGCCUGAACUGCCAUUUAGCAGAAAGAGAUACGUACAUUGUAACUAUCAUUCAGAAUGCUAUGAUGGAGGGACGGAUCCAGAAAACAACUUUUCAAGGAGAUGCCACAGUUGAGAACCUGGACCCCGACACGGUUACCAAACUGCUGCACUACCUGGAGCUUACCAGCCAAGAGCAAGAGUUCACCAUGCUGGUUAUAAAGAAGAACCUACGGGUCAGUGAGCGCUUCCCUUAUCCGGUCCGUGUCGAGGCCGUUUUGGAGGUCAUCGAUCAGUUCCCCAUGAGGAAGCUGGAGAAGAUGACCAGAAAAGGAUCUCACUUCAGAUGUAAAACCACCAAAAAGAAGAUUGUGAAAAAAAGAAAAAAGAUGACACUUAGUCCUCAGAGGAGAGGAAAUGUGACUUCUGUGGUGGCAUUACAAAGAAGACCACCGUUGGACAAAAAAGCUGCUCUGAGGAGUAAGAUCCAGGAUAUACUGAGUGGUCGGUCGAGGUUUGUAAUUCGUAAGCCGUCUCCAAUGAGAAAGCCUUCGAGCAACAAUGAUCCCAUCAAUUCUAAAGUACAGGAGAAAACAAGGAUGACCAGUCCUCCAUCUGUUUCAAGGAGCAAUGAGGAAGUAAAGAAAAACAGCACUCAUCCAUCUGUGGAAGAAGGAAAGAAGAGAAAUGUAGAGAAAAAUAAUGGAGAUAAAACUGGGCAGAGUGGAAAGGAGAACAAAAAGGAAAAACAGAGGUCUAAGAAAAAAGGCAAAGGGAAAAAAGGAAAGAAAAGAAAAGGAAGGGGGAAAAAGUCCAACAGAGAGGCAAGUGAGAAGGAUAAAACAGCGCUGAAGGAGUUUUUGGACAGUUUAAAGGGGACAAGAAGGUUGAUGGUGAUCUCAACACCCAACAGAGAGGCAACACUGUACAUCCAGCAGACUGAGGAGAAUGAGAAGUAUCGCUGUGAACUCGCUAUGAGGAAGGUCACAGUGGCAACCAUUACUGGACAGGGAAGUGAUGGCACACUUAUACUUCAGCACUACCACCUAGAUUCAGAGCCUCCACUCAGUGGCCAAGCAGAGCAUUUCUUGGAUUUAGGGGCCAUCUCUCUGCUGAGGGCAGAGCUCGGCCUGUCAUCGCCUGACCUCUUUUCAAUGACUGUCACAGAUUAUGACAUCAAGGCCAGUAGAGUCUUUGAGGCUCCGCCAUCAAGCCAGGCUUUGUUUGACUACAUUGACAACUUUCCCUCGAGGAACCGAGAAAAAGAGAAGGAAAGAAAGAAUCCACCAGCGUGCUCUAAAGACAUGGGACAGCCUGUAGUAGAAAACCCACUGCUCAGGUUCAUGUCUAAAAGGAGACUGCUGCUCAUCUCUGCUCCCUCUGAGGAUGACUAUUUGUUUCAGCAGCAGCUCUCUGCUGUCAGAGGACAGGAAUGUCCCCUGGGUAUUCGUCACUUUGCCAUGCUAAAGCUGAUAGGAACAGAAGAAAAAGCAUCAGGAACUGUUGAGUUAUUUCCCUUAAAUGGUCGCAGUCAGACUGAGGUUGAGUCAUUGACGCCUGACAUGGUCAACAAUAUGAGGGAACAGCUAAAGAUCGAUAAAGACUAUUUCAGCAUGGUGGUUGUGGGGAAGGAUGGUGACACCAAAACAUGGUUUCCAUCACCUAUGUGGUCCCUGGAUAACAUCUACGACCUGGUGGACUCUAUGGAGCUCCGCCUCCAGGAGGAGAAGCUGCAGAAGAGGCUGGGGAUUCACUGCCAGGAGGACAGAGGAAGAGGAGGCAACGAGCGGGAACACUCGCACGGAUACAAUGAAGAGAGGGCAGAGAAGAUGCACUUCUACAGCCAAUCGGAGGAAUAAUGACAAAAAAGGAGGAAGAUGCGAUUAUCUACCUAAAAUUUUUAAUAUGAAACAGAAAAAGUAUCAACACGUGGAUUUGACUUGAGCCAGUGAUCAAACAAAGACCUCAAAACUGGACUCAUAAGAAUCAAUAAAGUCGAUGUAUAGAUGAUGAUC